ACGUUCAAGCAUAGUAUAGUUAAUUGUUAGAAUUAUAUAUUUUAAGCAUCCAAUUUUCUUGAUUUUAUCAAUUAUUUUCCAUAAAAUUGUUUAAUUCCACUUUUUAUUUAGAAUAUAAGAUAGACAUUCCUAUUUCUAGUUUUUUUUUUUAAGUAGAGUAAAAAUAAAGCAUGAGGUGAACACGUGGCUUAAAAAACUGAGAAUUAUAAAUUUGUAGAUAGAUUUACAGUUAAUAGUACGUUCUGGCGAGGCACAAUGGCAACGCAAUCUUAUCUUCUGAAUCUGAACACUUUUCGUGUUCAUGCGGGAAUCAGAGGACGGCAAUGCAAACCAACCAAUUUUGGCUUUGGCGCCUCGAAAAGUUCGAAGUAUCUCACUAAAAGAAAUAGCUAUGGAAAUUCUCCAGUCAUGCCAUGUUGCUCAUGUUACGCUGAAGUUGAAGCUUCUGCAGGUGUAACAAUAUCCUCAAUAUUGGAUGCAGCUACCACGCAGAAAUCUCUUAAUUCAAAUCUAGUCUUGAAUACUCUCAAGUUCAGCAUACCAGAAACAUCACAUGCUUCCACAGAUUUCGUGACAAGAUUGUCUCUUGCUGAUCUUGACCCUGCAACUGCAAAGUUGGCCAUUGGGUUUCUAGGUCCCUUCCUUUCAGUGUUUGGCUUUCUCUUUAUCUUGAGAAUAGUCAUGUCUUGGUACCCAAAACUCCCGGUGGGAAAAUUUCCAUAUGUAAUAGCAUAUGCUCCCACUGAGCCGCUUCUCAGUCCAACCCGCAAGGUGAUUCCUCCACUUGCUGGUGUGGACGUUACUCCUGUGGUCUGGUUUGGAUUCAUCAGUUUUCUAAACGAAAUAUUAGUAGGUCCACAGGGAUUACUAGUUCUCCUUUCCCAACAAGUCAACUAGCUUACACAUUUGGAAUAUGUGAAUGACGUAUUUUCUAUCACAUCUUGUUGGUUGACAUGUAUACAAAACAACAUCCAUAUAUUGCAUAAAGGCAAAACAGUUUUUUCACUCCUCAAACUCCUACACCCACAUCCGUGUGGGAGAAAGAGACAGAAACUUGAUAGGGGCUGUCAAGGAUCUUAAAAUCAACGCAUCUUGAUACUCAUGAGUAGAAAGACCGAAUUUCACUAUGUAAUAAUCUUAUAGAAAGUUAAAUCAAACACAUUUCAAUGUCACGUGGAAGUUGUUCUUUCUUCUGAUCGCAAAA